UUUGUUCUGUGAUUUCGGCAUUUGUUUUGCUGUACUAGAGAAACUUUAAGAAUUACGCUUUUGUCUUAAAAAAUCAACACAAGUUGAGUCAUAGACGUGAUAUUAACGUUAAGUACUUUAAAGUCUAACAUUUUAAAGUGAUUCCAAGAUUUCAGUGCAAUAAAUAAUGUAGAUUAGCGUAGAAUAUUGGGCUUGUGUUAUUUAUUUUGGCGGGUAAAUUAUAUUGAAUCGAGAUGCUGGGUAAGAGGAUGCAUCAUAAUAGCAAAGGCAGACUAGCUAACAAAGACAAUGGAAAGCCAUCAAGCCCUGGAAUUACACCAUACACUAAACCAACAAAGAUUCCAGGUUCUGUUUCUACUGCCAAAAUCAAAGUUGAGACAUGCCCAAUUCCAUACAUUAAAAUACAAGAUAAUGCAGUGCUUUUGCCACGAUUUACUGCGGUUGCAGCGAGAUCUGCUGAUGAACCUAUUGGGAUGGAUGAGCUGGAUGGGUUACAGUUGGAAUUAGAGUCAUUGCUAUGUAAUACUGCCCUACGAUGCAGAUAUUUUCAAUCUGAAAUAGAAAGCAUAGAUUCGAAUGAAUCUAAAAGAGAAAAAAAAGGCAAAGCAGCCGGUAAACAGCUACAGUAUCCUGUAAAAAGAAAAUUUCAAGAUGACAAAGUGGUUAAAACUAAAGACUACACAAAAUUAUCCAAUCAGCCAAAAGUGCCUAAAUUUAAAAAUUUCUCAAACGCUUCCUCAGGAUCUCAUACCUACUCUAAUGAUUUAGUGAAUUCAGACAACUCUGUAAAACUUGAACUUUCACAAUUAGCACUGCCUAAAAAUAAUAUCCCAUAUAAAUUUUGGAAUUCAGUAGAGCCUUAUUGUGCUCCUGUAACAUUGGAUGAUAUAAAAUUUUUAGAGUCCUUAUUAGCUCAAAGCAGUAACACCACACUACCUCCGAUCCCUCCAUUAGGAAAGCAUUACUCAGAAGUUUGGGCAGAUGAACAUCUUGCUGAAGAUCAAAAUGCAUCUAAUCCUAAUAAGCAAAAAUCAUCUAUGUCUCCAGAUGCAUCUCAUGCUCGUAAGAAGCUAGAAAAGUCAUCAGAAAGCAUGAUAACUGGACCUUUGACACAAAGAUUAGUCUCUGCUCUUAUGGAAGAGAAUGUGAUGUCUUAUGAAAUACCUGAUAUUAAAGUAAAAAUGGUCUCCACCACUAAAAGUGGCUACAAGAAUUCAUUAACAUUAGAAAAGUGUUUGAGGAAGGAAUUGGUUGAACAAGGAAUACUUGAUCCAGAGGAUUUACCACCUCUCACUAAUCCAGCUGAUGAUGAAAUACUAGCAGAGAUUAAAAAAUGUCAAACAGAAUUAACAGCUGUACGUAAAGAGAAUUGUCGAAAUCUUAAAAAUUUAAUUGGUUUGUGUAAACAAGAAAUGAUUAGACUGAAUCUGAAAAAGCAACUGGAUCAAGUGGAUCUAGAAUGUAUUGAUAUUUAUAAAAAGAUGGUAGCGGCUAAACAAAAGAAGCGCCCUGUUACUAAGAAGGAAAAAGAAGAUGCUUGGAAAGCAAUAAAUGAACAAAUAAGGCUAAACAAAGAAAUCAAUGCUUUGCCACAAACGGGUCCAAAUUCAAAUUAGAUAUUAGUGUUCGGCAUGAUACAAAAAUAACAUGUGGUAAUUAUUCUAGGAGUAUCUGUUGAAUUAAAUAUGGAAAAAUA